AAUAACAUUUUUUAGUGCUUUCCUUUUCUUCUUUCUAUUGCAACCUCAAGAAGUGAUCUGUUUCACUUUCUUGGGAGAUCAUUUGUGCCGUCAUGAUGAUGCUGUUGCACUGCUUCAAUUCAAAGAAAUGUUUAGCGUUUCAACUUCUGCUUCUCCAAUUUGUGAUGAAUGGAGUCAGUAUUCAUUUCCAAAGACAACACAUUGGAAAGCAAAUACAGAUUGUUGCAGUUGGGACGGCGUCACAUGCCACAACCUCACCGGUCGUGUGAUUGGGCUGGAUCUGAGUUGCGGCGAACUUCAGGGAGUCAUCCAUCCAAACUCUAGCCUUUUUCAUCUCUCCCAUCUCCGCCACCUCAACCUUGCUUUUAAUGAUUUCACCGGUUCACGGAUUUCACACCGAUUUGGCUCGCUGAAAAGUUUGACCCACCUCAAUCUCUCAUUUUCAAAUUUCGAAGGUGAAGUUGCUUCAGAAAUAUCACACCUGUCCAACCUAAUUUCACUUGAUCUCUCUCAAAAUGGUUUUCUAAGAUAUGAACCUAGCAAUUUUGAAGGGAUGCUUCAAAACUUAACCCAUUUAAGAGAGCUGUUGCUUUCGUUCGUGAGCAUCUCAACUGAGUUGAGGGUGAAUUUUUCUUCAUCUUUGACAUAUCUAGACCUCAGAGAUACUGGAAUAAGAGGUAACCUACCGAGUAAUGUUUUUCAUCUGCCGAAUAUGCGAGUUCUCUUGUUAGGUGACAACAAGAAUCUUACUGUUAGUUUACCGAAGUUGAACUGCAGCAUUUCAAAUUCUCUGAGGCAGUUGAGCCUAUCACAUACAAAUUUCUCUGCUGCGUUGCCAGAUUUAAUUGGCUGCAUAGGGUCCUUAAAUUAUUUGGAUCUAAGUUAUUGUCAAAUUUUCGGUGUCAUUCCUGAAUCAGUUGGCAACCUUUCAUGGCUUACUGAUUUGUAUCUGGACGAUAACUAUAUUGGAGGUAAAAUUCCAGAUAAAUUUUCCAUUUCACAAAAGAUAAGUAGUUUGUCACUUGGUCACAAUUUAUUGUCUGGAAACAUUCCGAUCUCACUUCUCAACCUUACGCAUCUUGAACAUUUAGAUCUCUCCAGUAAUCAACUAAGCGGUUCAAUUCCUCCAUCAAUUUUUACCAUUCCGACCCUAUUUUACCUUGAACUUUCAUCAAACCUUUUUACGGGGGUUGGGCAAGACUUGUUUGUGGACUCCAAUAAGCUUCAAAACAAUGCUUUUAACAGUGAAGCACCAUGGAACACUACAAACAAUGUGAACAUUUCCUAUCCAGAUUUCACGACCUUGGGAUUGUCUUCUUGCCAGAUAAAGGAGUUUCCAGAGUUUCUUAGAAAUUCAGAGAGUUUAGAAUUUCUGGACCUCUCAAAUAACAUGAUUCGCAGCAAAAUUCCAAGCUGGUUCAUGUCUAAGACUUUGGUUCAGUUGUUCUCCUUGAACCUUUCACAUAACUUUUUGACUGAUACCAUAGACCAACUACCUGUUACUCCACAUCUGGCGUCUCUAGAUGUGAGUUCCAACUCGCUUCAGGGCCCAAUACCAUCUUCUAUCUGUAACUCAAGCCUUCUUACUAUUCUUGAUUUGUCAAAUAACAAUUUGUCCGGCCCAAUUCCUCAAUGCUUGGGAAACUCCAGCCAGUAUCUGGACACAAUGGAUUUGGGAAAUAACAGGCUUUUUGGCACCAUUCCCACAACAUUUUCAAAAGGAAACUCACUGCAGUUUCUUUUGCUGAAUGACAAUCAAUUGCAAGGACCAGUGCCACGAUCUUUAGCUCAUUGUGAACUUCUGGAACUCCUUGAUUUAGGGAACAACAAGAUAGAUGAUAAAUUUCCAAUUUGGUUGGAAACUCUUUCUAAUAUGGAGGUCUUAGUAUUGAAAUCUAAUCGAUUUCACGGAGCAAUUGGCAAUUGUCAAACUAAAAGUCCAUUUCCUCAGCUGAGAAUUAUUGAUGCAUCCCACAACGAGCUUACUGGUGCUCUACCUGAAGAAAUUCUCAGCAACUUCAAAGCUAUGAAAAGUUCAAAGCAUCAACAAAAGAAAGCCCAGUAUAUGGUGUCAACUUUCAGUAAUGAUUAUUACAUCCAUUCUGUGAGUUUGGUUAUCAAAGGGAUGGCGUAUAAUCUUGAAAGAGUCCUAAUAACUCGAACAGCAAUUGACUUCUCAAGCAACAGAUUCGAAGGACAAAUUCCCGAGAUUAUUGGAUCCCUUCAUUCUCUUCAAACACUCACUCUCUCUCAUAACAACUUCAGUGGCCCAAUUCCUAAGGCAUUAGGGAAUUUGAGUAUGCUUGAAUCUCUGGACCUCUCUUGGAACCGACUUGAAGGAACCAUUCCUAUGGAGCUAGUGAAUCUGGAUUUUCUUGAAUUCUUAAACCUUUCGGAAAAUCGUCUAGUCGGACCCAUUCCACGAGGAAGGCACUUUGAUACAUUUGGAGAUGAUUCAUACAGACGGAAUUUGGACUUGUGUGGAUUUCCACUGGCCAAAGAUUGUGGAGAUACAGAGGCACCACCACCAGCCACGCCAUGGGAAGCUGAACAACAAUACGAUGAUUCUGAAUUCUUUGAUGGGUUCACUUGGAAAGCUGUUCUGCUGGGAUAUGGCUGUGGAUUAGUGCUCGGAUUAGUUAUGGGAGGUCUCAUUUUCUCAACUGGAAAACCAAGAUGGUUUGUACUGAUUGUCGAAGAGUCGUUCAAACUGCGAAGGCGACCGAGGAAAUGGAUCCACAUAGGCACUUAAGAAGGGCAGUGCAAUAAUUUACAUAACUGGUCUAACCAUGGAGUGGAAAUAAGAAAAGAUUUGGUUCAUUUCCAGCUGUGUAUUUUAUGCUGUAAGUGACUGUGGUUGCUUGCGGCUGAAUCUGUAGGUUUAUAAUUGUAAGCAAGAAGACAUUUCAAUGUAGC